AUGUUUAACACUUCACGUUUAGUUGUUCUUCUUUCCGUCGCAUCCUUGGCUUUUGCUCAAGAUGCUUUCGAUCGUGGGUUUUCAUUAUUUGAUAGCUUCUGUAUCGUUUCACCAUAAACUUGGGCUCAAAUUGAAGAUAAUGAUGGAAACCUAAGUGUAGAUUUUCUGGUUGAUGUACGUGUAAGCGUACAAAAAAAGCUUCCCCAAAAAUUUCGACCGAAAUAUGGUUUUCCGCUACUGCGCCGCCAGUUCUCCUUGUAGCCGUUCCAGCACAAACGAUCAAAAAAUCGACAUUGAUAUAGCCUGUCCAUGUUGCGAUCUGGCCUAAGUAAAUAGUUUACCAAGAAGAAUUCAAAAAACGCUUCAAGUUCUACAGUACAACCAGGCCACGUCUAGCGCAAACUCUCAGGCUGUUACAAUACGAAAAAAAAGAAUUUUCGUUGGUACAUAAACUGGGAUACUGUCAGAGACAAAAAUUGCCUUUUUAUGGGGCGCAUUUCUUUUCUAAUUACACUUCCUGUUUUAUUCUUCUUGGCUUUUGGCCAAGAUGGUUUCGAUGGUAGGUCCAUUUAGUCAUCUUAUGAAAAGUUGCCGUAGAAGUUCAUUAUUCCCAUUAAGUUAGCAUCAAAAGCUGCCCCUUCCUAAGUUCCUUCUGAAAUUUCUUAUGACCCGAUGAAGGAUGGUAGGUCCAUUUAGUCAUCUUAUGAAAAGUGAAGGAUAACAAGAUAACAGAAGAGCAGUAGUGAAAAGACGGAGAAGAAUACGAACUUCAUAGAAAAACAAUCUUCCAGAAACUUCCCGCCAGUUGCUAAUGGACUCGGGUUUUUCUGAAAACGCUGUCGUCUCCAUCAUCAUGAUUGCAGCUCAGCAUGAAGUUCAAGUUCUCAAGAAGCAUUUGUUUUUAUAUUCAGCAUUUUAGAACGCACUGAAAGCCCUGCAAACCAACCCAGCCAAUGACGUUAAAGGCAUAAACUCGCUCAAAGACGACGUCAAUAAAUUCCUACUGACGGCUUCGGAAUAUGAUCAAGAAGCUUGGAAGGUUUUCGAAGCCAAGAUGAUAAGAAAAUACGUCGAUGGCUACAAAAAAGCCAUGAGGGGAGCUGGUGUUUCCAGAUCGGCGAUUGAAGAUAUCAUCAAAAUCGGAGAGCAACAUGAGGUCUUCAGAAGUUUUUCUGAUUUUAGUUGAUUUUUAAAAAUGCAGGUCGAGCUGAAAGCCGCUUCAAAUGACCCAGAAGCCUUGGAAGCUAGUUUAGAAGCUCUGAAGGCUGACAUCGAGGCCUACAUCGCCACGGCUUCUUCAGCUGAUCAGGCUGCUUGGAAAGGCUACCAACAAAACAUUCAGGCCAAAAAGGCGCUUAACUAA